UGGGCCACCUCCUAGGCCAGCGGGGCCAGGCACUGAGGGCGCUGUGAUGGAGGCGCCCAGCCGGACCCUCGUGGUGGGCUCAGCGGAGUCCUACACCAGCCGUCCAUCGGACUCUGAUGUGUCUCUGGAAGAGGACCGGGAAGCCUUAAGGAAGGAGGCAGAGCGCCAGGCAUUAGCCCAGCUUGAGAAAGCCAAGACCAAGCCGGUGGCAUUUGCUGUUCGGACAAAUGUCGGCUACAACCCAUCUCCAGGGGAUGAGGUGCCUGUGCAGGGAGUGGCCAUCACCUUCGAGCCCAAGGACUUCCUGCACAUCAAAGAGAAAUACAAUAAUGACUGGUGGAUCGGGCGACUGGUAAAGGAGGGCUGUGAGGUUGGCUUCAUCCCUAGCCCCGUCAAGCUGGACAGCCUGCGUCUGCUGCAGGAACAGAAGCUGCGCCAGAACCGCCUCAGCUCCAGCAAAUCAGGUGACAAUUCCAGCUCCAGCCUGGGAGACGUGGUGACUGGCACCCGCCGCCCCACACCCCCUGCCAGUGGUAACGAAAUGACUAACUUAGCAUUUGAACUAGACCCCCUAGAGUUAGAGGACGAGGAGGCGGAGCUUGGAGAGCCCGGUGGCUCUGCCAAAACUAGUGUUAGCAGUGUCACCACCCCGUCACCUCAUGGCAAACGCAUCUCCUUCUUCAAGAAGACAGAGCAUGUGCCCCCCUAUGACGUGGUGCCUUCCAUGAGGCCCAUCAUCCUGGUGGGACCGUCGCUCAAGGGCUAUGAGGUUACAGACAUGAUGCAGAAGGCUUUGUUUGACUUCUUGAAGCAUCGGUUUGAUGGCAGGAUCUCCAUCACUCGGGUGACGGCGGACAUUUCCCUGGCUAAGCGCUCAGUCCUCAACAACCCCAGCAAACACAUCAUCAUUGAGCGCUCCAACACACGCUCCAGCCUGGCUGAGGUUCAGAGCGAGAUCGAGCGAAUCUUCGAGCUGGCCCGGACCCUUCAGCUGGUUGCUCUGGAUGCCGACACCAUCAACCAUCCGGCCCAACUCUCCAAGACCUCACUGGCCCCCAUCAUUGUUUACAUCAAGAUCACCUCUCCCAAGGUACUUCAGAGGCUCAUCAAGUCUCGAGGGAAGUCGCAGUCCAAACACCUCAAUGUGCAAAUAGCGGCCUCGGAGCGGUGUCCACAGGAAAUGUUUGACAUCAUCCUGGAUGAGAACCAAUUGGAGGAUGCCUGUGAGCACUUGGCGGAAUACUUGGAAGCCUAUUGGAAGGCCACACACCCGCCCAGCAGCACUCCACCUAACCCACUGCUGACCCGCACCAUGGCUACUGCAGCCCUGGCUGCCAGCCCUGCCCCUGUCUCCAACCUCCAGGGACCCUACCUUGCUUCUGGGGACCAGUCGCUGGACCGGGCCACCGGGGAGCAUGCCAGCGUGCACGAGUACCCGGGGGAGCUGGGCCAGCCCCCAGGCCUUUACCCCGGCAGCCACCCACCGGGCCGGGUGGGCACCGUGCGGGCACUGUCCCGCCAAGACACGUUUGAUGCCGACGCCUCUGGCAACCGCAAUUCUACCUACACCGAGCUGGGCGACUCGUGCGUGGACAUGGAGACCGACCCCUCCGAGGGGCCAGGGCUUGGAGACCCCGCAGGGGGCAGCACCCCACCCGCCCGGCAGGGAUCCUGGGAGGAUGAAGAGAACGACUAUGAAGAGGAGCUGACUGACAACCGGAAUCGCGGCCGCAAUAAGGCCCGCUACUGCGCGGAGGGCGGGGGGCCCGUGCUGGGGCGCAACAAGAACGAGCUGGAGGGCUGGGGGCGGGGCGUGUACAUCCGCUGAGAGGCCGGGCCGCCCUGGGAGGAAGGACUGAGCCCAGGGGAGGGAGGUGCAGCUCGCUCACCGCCGGGGGUGUCUUACCUCCAGGGGGCGCUUCUCUUUCAGAUGCCUUUGCUCAGUGUUGGGUUUUUGUUUUUUUUUUUUGUUUUUAGGUGGUAGCAUCCCAGCUCCAGGGAGUCCCUUCCGCUCCAGCUGUAGGUCUUUAUCUCCCUGCGGUGGGUGGACGGGGGAUGCCCACCUGUCUGCAGUGUCUCCUUUUCCCCUCCUCAGGGGGUCUCGCUCCCCUCUCUCUCCCAGAGAAAAGGUGCACUUCCUUAGCUCCUUCUACGUGGGACUCUCCAUGGGGCGGCCCUUUCCCCGCCUGGAGUAGCUGGGAAGGGUAGGGGGUUUUUCCUGGAGAGAGAGGCCACAGGCUUUUCCACGAGGGUUCUCUUCCCAAACUCCAGGCCCAGGGUCCCUCCUCAUGCCCAACCCUCUCCCCCCAGCUGUCUGGUAGGAGGAAGCUCCCUGCUGGAAGCCCCUUGGGGAGGUGUCUGGGUAGAAACUGAUGGGCAUCAGAUGUAGUGCCAUCUGCCCACCCAGGACCGAACCCUGAGGAGUGGGCAAUCGGAGACGCUACCCGCACCCCCACCCCCACCUCCAUGUCUCAGCCUUUACCUGCCCCAGGAAUGAGCUUUGCCUACACUAUCCCUUGCCUGCUGCCAUCAGAAGAGGGGCCCUCCCCGUCCCUGUGUCACCUGGGUGUGGAGCCCGUGGCACUCUGGUCCGCCUCAUUUUGAAACCAAAAACUGCUCCUUCAUUCCCACCCCAAAACCCCAGGGAAGAGGCCCUUGGGGUUGGUGCCCAAGAAAUGAUCCCUGCCCAGGGGUUGCCUCGGGACCGCGGCUCUCCCCUGGGGGGCUUGGCUGCUGCUGCUGCUGCUGCUCUGUAUUUGCCUCUUGUUCUUUACCCACGUCCACUCCACUCCCCCCAGGAGAGGCCUUCCUAUCCCCCUCUGACCUGAGUGUCCCUCGGCCUAGCAUCCCCUUAGCCCAGCAGCCCUGCCCUCCCCAGCAUCCCAGCUGGGCCAGAGAGAGCCGAUUGUGCCAACGAGGACUGGGCCCUGCCCGGCUGCCCACCUCAGGGAUGGGCACCUCAUGCCUGUCUCGCCACCUCCUGUGCCAAUGUCGUCCCACCCCCCACCUGGGGGUGGGGUGCAGCUUCCACUUACUGGUUAGAAGAGACCACUGCCCAACCUUUCCCCCUCCUGUCUGGUAUCAUGUGCCUCCAUCUGUCCUUCUGUUCGUCUUUACUCCCCUAGGAGUAUUUUGCCACAUAUAAAACCACCAUCCUGUCCUUUG